GCCAUAGCUUGUGAGAGUGAAUCAAUGCGUUUCAGGUAGAUUAGAGGCGAGUAGAGAGUCCGAAAGUGUUCUCUCGUCCGCGGCGGUGGCUCGGGUUGCUGCGAAGUGGAGUGGAGAGAGUGGAGAGAGAAAAGAACGCAUUCACUCACGCUCCUCCAUCGUUUCCAGGUGAUUCAAUGUGUUUUCAGGUAAAUUAAAAGUGUGAAAAGAGUCGACGGUUUAACGCGAGUGAGAUUGUGGUGUGAACGGAAGGGACGGGACGGGGAGUGUUGACCUAGGAAUGUUGUCAACCCGCGCACACCCUUGACCCUUAACCCUCAGCGGUGUACCUUGGUGUCCCUGAAGCCCCCGCCGCGUCAGGAGAGCCGGAAAAGGACGCGUCGGGGAGGGGUGGACAGAAACGGCAGGAGAGGCGGUGGUGGAAGUGGUGGAAAGAUAGACCGUCCGAGCAAGCCCUACACCUCACGCCCUUUUGCCCUCACCAUGGCGACCCAGGGGGAGCAGGGGGAGGAGGGCGCCGCCUGCCUCCCCACCCUGGUUCAGCCCGGGGAGGUGCGGGGCCGGGGCCACCUCUCCGUCCUGUCAGAGGCGCUGCAAAGUCACACCAUGACCAGCAACGUCGUCUACCACACCUCCUCAUCCUCGUCCACAUCCUUCACCUCAUCCUCGACAUCCCACGUGCAGGAGCCGGUCAGUAUCCUAGGCAAGGGGCGCCACUACUCCACGGGGUCCUCUUCUUCUUCCUCCGCCAGUCCCAGACACACGGUCAAGUUCACGGAGCCGCAGGAGGCACUGAGGAGGGAGAGGACGCCGGAGAGCCCAAGGUGGAAGACGCAGCAGAACCAGGAGAAGCAUAAGCACCAGGAGGUCUUCAAGUAUAAGCUCCAUGAAGCCUCCUCCUCCGCCUCUGGUACCCAUCGCAACCUCAGCCACGGCUUUAGCAGCAUCCCGGAGACCACCACGGCUUUCGAGAGCACCAACUUCAGGUUCACGGAGUCCUCGAAGCUUGUGGGUACCUCCUUCCGAUGCCCCGAUAGUCCCCGCUCCAAGACCCGAACCCGAACCGCCGACCGCAACUCAAUCAUCGCCUCCAUGGAGCUCAAAGUCCCGUCCUUCCACGACCUCAGCUCCUCCCCAACAGGAUCCAGCCUCUCGCCGCUCCUGGGCCCUCCGGAACGCCGCGGCCUCACCAUUCUGUCCCCGCACAACCCGACGCCCGAGCUGCACUUCGCCUCCACCUUCACUGUCAGGACUCGGAAGGGAAAGACCAUCGUACUCCCGAAGUUGAGGAUCCCCGCCUUCCACUCCCACUCCCACGACAGCAUCUUCUUAGGGUGAGUUAGACGAAGAGUUCAUCUCCCUCCCAUACACUCCAUCCACCCACUCCACCCUCCUCCUUCACCCCCCUUCACCCCAUCCUUCCUCCCAUUCAUUAGUUCCUUUUCUCUUCCUCCUUUGACCCAUUCACUAUACUCUUCUUUUCAUUCAUUCAUCUCUUCUUAUCUUCCCUUAAGCCUACCCUCAUCAUUCACCUUUUUUUCUCUUCCUCCUAAACCCCAUUCAUAACUCUGGUUCAUUCAUCGCUUUAUGUCUUCCUCUA